CUUUAGCUGGCCCAUCCCACCCCAGAACUGGUAUCAGGGACUUGCCUGGACUGUCGGUUCAAACGGAUAAUAACACUUGUUGCUGGGAUGAAUAUAUAAGGUGGAUACGCAGUAUAUAUAGGAUCUAAACAUCGCUUGGUGUCCAGUCUGGCCGGUUGUUGCCCAUCUCUCCAUCUCACCCUCCUCCUCUUCCAAGCGAAGCUUCAUCAUCAGCAUCAUCAUCAUCAUCAACUUUCAACUCAACCUAUAUUUCACCUUUGAUAUUAUGAUUGUGUUGAAUCAUCUUACUUUACCCUUAACGCUAUUGUGAGUCAGUGUGUGUCACUGGAGAAGACCACCACCAUACUGCAACAUCGACCCCGCAUCACUUUCAAAGCAGGAGGAAUCGUCAUCAUCUUACAUUCGAUAUCAUCCCUACCGUCAAUAUCCGAGUUGUAUCACAUAUUGUUUAUUCCAUUUUUCAUUCCAAUCUCACUGACAGACUGAGGAGAAGAAAAAACUCUUUUGAAAAAGAAAUCGUCAUUAAAUGUACUUAUAUGUUCAGUCGUUUAAAACAUUGCAUCAUAGUUAUUGAGUAAGAAGAAAGAGCACUAUUCCUAAUACUAGAACUGCAGCAACAUCCAACCCGCAUCAUCAUGCCUCGCUCUUUCCUAGUCCGCCGUGUCUCCCGGCCGAACAAGGAGAAGGCUGCAAUGUGGGACUGCUUCGCCGCUUCUGCAGAAACAGCCAUUCAAAGUUACUAUGGCUACUCCAGCGUCAUUCAAAUUCCAUCUGCGAGGUCCGUUGUCUCGGCGACCUCACCGCGCAAUCGACCUUUCCACUUCCAUACAACAUCUCACCCUACUCAAGUUGGCAGCAAGGCUAAGCAACGCAGAGGGCGCCCUAGGAGUGAAGCGUCCGCGGACAAGAAGAAACAGAGGAUUCAACAAGUGACAACCCUUAACAUCCCGUCCACGGAAGGGCUUCUCAAGACCAUGGACUCCUCACACAGCGGACUUUUUAUUCUAUCUACACUUGCUGAGAAGCUUGACAGCUCGGACAAACAAUACUACGACCAAUCUCAAGCUCUCUUCUACCCUAAUGAUAUCAGUGGACUUCUAAAUCAAACCCAUAUUCGUCAAGCCAACGCAACUCUCAAUUAUGGUUCCAUCGUAGGUAAUGCUCAACCCGCUGAAGGGUCUGUACCUUCUCGCAAUGACCGCGCCACUACUCCCUCAAGUCCCAUCAAGGCAACUUCACCAUCUAGUAUGGUCGUGCCCCAAACCUCAUCAGAAAGCUCGCCAAUCACACAUUUCAACAGUCAACCUGGCAGUCCGACGUCGGCAGAAUCGAAACCGAUGGCGGUGUCGCCUUUGAACGGGGCAAUGAUGCCCGGCGGUCAUUCGUGCCCUGAGUGUGGUAAGAGCUACAGCACUUCGAGUAACCUGGCCAGGCAUAGACAGACACACAGAAGCGUUACAGACCAGAAGGCAAGGAAGUGUCCACACUGUGACAAGGUCUACGUCUCAAUGCCUGCACUCAGUAUGCACAUUAGGACACACAAACUUGGAUGUAAAUGCCACAUUUGUGGAAAGUGUUUCAGCCGUCCUUGGCUUCUUCAAGGUCAUAUCCGUACCCAUACAGGAGAGCGUCCUUUCGCCUGUCCACAGUGUGGUAAAGCCUUCGCUGACAAAUCAAACCUGCGCGCGCACAUUCAGACACACUCCACCGUCAAACCGUACGUCUGUCAAAAGUGCAACAAGGCUUUCGCGCUCAAAAGUUAUCUCUACAAACAUGUCGAGUCCGCGUGCUACAGGACCACUUAGAGAACUAUUUCAAAACAUUUCUUGAUCGUCUGUCUAUUUAUGGAAUAUCUGAUGUAUGUUUAUUUAUUGAUGAUGCAAGUAUGCUUCUUGUGGACGUAGGAGUUUCAACGAUUAUUUUUUUUAAUCAGUUAUCAUUUUGUUGUUUAUUGCUCUUUGAAGACAAUCUUGUUGCGUUACGGGAGCAGAAUUAUAUAAAUCGUUUCAAUAGUCAGUGCCUUAUGAAUUACAUCGUUUUAGAAGUGCCUUCAAAUAACUUAAAGAUCACCAAUUUACGCCUUAUAAAUCAUACUUUAACCUUGACUUAAAUGUAGCCUUAACACGAUCAUAUGUACUCGCAACUGAUUUAUACAAUAUUGCCUUAAAUUGAGUGAUAGGCUUAUUUUUAAUUAUAGAUAUCACUUUUUUUUCAAAUUUGUAUGAUGAAAGGAACACAAAAAUGUAUUGCAAAAUAAAAUGAAAAGAACGUGGUAUGUAUUAUUCUUUUCUUUUCUAUAUUGAUGCACAAGUAACAUUACUAUCAAAAUUCGAUGUUAAAAAUGCAUUUAUGAAUCUAAGAUAAAAAGAAAACCAUGUAUGCUGAAGAAUGAAACUUAGAUAAAGAUUCCGCCAUAAUCGCAUUUUCACUUUGCUUGAUUUAACAAUUCUAUUUUCAUUAUAUGAAUGAUUUAAUGUCUUCCUAUCAUGGUUCUAAUCUCUUAAUCAACGCCUUAAAAAAUAUGUAGGGUCAGUUCUGUGCUUUCAAUAUCUUUUUUCAAUAAGAAUCAUAUAUAACGGUUUUUUUACCUAACAUAUCUAGAGAAUGCAAUUUCGAAUUACGUAUCAGCUCAUGGCCUUAUUAAUAUACUCCCUUCCCUAAAAUGCGUAUUUUUUAAACAUUAUUACAUUAAUGUUAUGUGUUAAACCGUUGAUAUGUUUUAUUUUUAUUUUUAAUAAGUCAUUUCCAUUAAUUCAGUGACGUUCCUAUUCAUGAGUAACUUUCCUUUGCAAAAGUAUAUUUUUGCAAUAAACUACUGAGCUCUUUUGUACAGAUUUCCUUUGUAAAUAUAUAUAUACCUAUUUAUAACGAUGUGGUAAACAUUACAUGAUAAUACUGAACGAUUGUUGUAAAUAUAUAAGACUUAUACAAUACGAGAUAGAAUAGAUUGUGAUUUAUUUGAAUGUGAGGAAUUUACGCAAUAUCUUAUUGUGGGUGUAGUAUAUAUUAUUUCUAAUGUGAAUCUUCAAUGUUGUUGCAUAAUAUUGUCUGAUUUACAGCGAUAAGUGCCAACAUGUAACUUGCCGGCAAAGGUGCCUUAUUUUGUAAAUUCGUUUUGUAGAUUAGCUUUUGAAUAAUGUACAGAUUUUAUGUGUUGAAAACGUGAUAGCUUUUUGAAAUUAUAUAUUUUUGGUAUGUUUAACGUUGCAGUCGCAACUAAAUACCAACUCUAGUCCAAUUGAUGAUAUACCAUUGAAAAUAACGUAGUUUUCAUCAGGCUGGAAUCAGUACGGAAUCAGAUUCAACGUAAAUUUGUAUUGAUGCCAAGUGCCACGGGAGCAAGCAAAGACAACUUUUAAAGAGCACAAAAUAAUUUCGAAAAACUUGAAGGAAAAGAUGAUUUUCAGGAAGACUUAUUACAAUGUAAAAUCCACAAUUUCUACAACAAGUUUUACUAAAAGCCAAACGGAAGACAAAUAAAUGUCUAUUUGAAUUGAGUUGAAACCAAUUAAAUGAUUUCAGUAGCUUGAAUCCGUUGCAAUUUUGUUAUCCUAACAAGUUUUAUGACAGUGGUCCCAUGGUCUUGGGUAUUGUUGCCCAAAAAAUGAUGGCAACAAGGCUCAACAUCCAAUCAAACAUGUCGAAAUGAAAGAUGUCAAAGUUACAGUAGUAAUGAUUUUCAUGCAACGAGCUCCAACCCAGAUCGACUGCAAUUCUCUGGUUAUGAGAUUUGUAUUUUAACAUUGUAUAACGUUCUGUCAAAAUGGUAAAUAACACUUGGUGCAUAACAAGUUUCUAGAUAAACCGAAAUUGUAAUUAACAGGUCAGUUGAUAACCCGGUAUGAUUUUUUUUUAACCUUUAAUCAGGCAAAAUUCAUAAAACGAAACCGAAGAGUAGGCUGCAUAACGGCAUUGUUUAGAAUUCAAUAUUAACUGUAACUAUUUCAUUUGAACUUUGUAAAUCUGAAUUUAUCGUUCCUUAACUAUUGUGAGAUCGAUAAACGUGACAGAAUGAGAGUGUGUUUAUUUAUAUACAAUUAUGUAAAGAACGACUAAGCUUUAAUUUGUUGAUAUUGAUUUUGUUGACUACGUGAUUUUCUAUGUGAAAUAAAAAAUAGAACUAUG